GGCGUCUCUCUGGGUGUGACUGACAGCCACGCGGCUGCCCGGCCAUCCCCUCGCGCCCGCUGCUCCCUGCCCCGCCGCCUCCUCCUGGUGUCCGCCGCCCGGUGGUGCCCGCUGUCUCCCUCUGUGUCGGCCAUCUGCCCGGCAGUCUGGGUGACAGGUCUUAUGAGAGUCUGGUUGGGGACUCUGGCCAGUUGUGGAUUCCCACCCCAGACCCCUGCCAGCUUUCCCGGACCCUCAUCGUCCAUCCCCACGCUGUGCCCAGCCGCCACCACCCGGAGCGCGCCAGAUUGCCUCAGCCCUGGAAUGGAUUUCUGAGACAGGAGGUGAAACUGCAGACUAAUUGGAUUAAUUUACGUUUCCACUGGCUCUGAAUGAGACUUCGCUUUGUACUUCUCAGCCACCUAGGAUGCUGUCAGACUUUUCGUCUUUGCCAAUCUGAUAAAAGUAAAAUGGCUGUGGAUCAGCAUGCUGUGUGGCUGGGCCGCCCCCCUGCUCCUGCUGAUGCUCCAGGGUGGCUGGGGCUGCACAGACCUCGUCUGCUACACCGAUUACCUGCAGACCAUUACCUGCAUCCUGGAGACGUGGACCACCCACCCCAGAACACUCACCCUCGCAUGGGAGGACGAGAAUGGAGACCUGGGGGACGUGGUCACCUCCUGCAGCCUGCACAGGUCCGCUCACAACGCCACCCAUGCUAAGUACACGUGCCACAUGGAUGUGUCCCGCUUCAUGGCUGACGACCUCUUCAGAGUCAACAUGACAGACCCGUCUGGCAGCCACUCCCAGGAGUGCGGCAGCUUUCUCCUGGCUGAGAGCUUUAAGCCAGCGCCUCCUUUCAACGUGACCGUGACCUUCUCUGGAGACUAUAACAUCUCCUGGCGCUCUGACUACGAAGCCUCUGAUUUCUACCUGCUGAAGGACAAGCUUCAGUACCAGCUGCAGUACAGGAACCGGGGUGACCCCUGGGCCCUGAAAGAAAAACCCUUAAAAAGAGAGAGCAGCAGAGCAAACCCUGCAUCUCAGAGUCCGACGAGGAAGCUGAUCUCUGUGGACACCAGAAGCAUCUCCCUCCUGCCUUUGGAGUUCCGGAAAGACUCGAGCUAUGAGCUGCAGGUGCGGGCAGGGCCCCAGCCUGGCUCCUUGUUCCAGGGCCCCUGGAGCGAGUGGAGCGACCCAGUCAUCUUCCAGACUCAGCCAGAGGAGUCAAAGGAAGGCCAGCACGCUUACCUGCCGCUUCUCCUGCUGGUUGCCGUGGUCCCCGUCCUUGUCUUCUUGGGCCUGAAGAUCCACCUGCCUUGGAGGCUGUGGAAGAAGGUGUGGGGGCAGGUACCCAGCCCCGAGCAGUUUUUCCAGCCCCUGUACGAGGGCCACAGCGGGGACUUCAAGAAAUGGGUCGGCACACCCUUCACUGCCUCCAGCCUGGACUUGGGGCCCUGGAAGCCAGGGGUGCCCUCGGCCCUGGAGGUGCGCAGCUCCUGCCCAUCACAGGGUCUGGAGCCGGCAGUGCUGCUGGAAACCGACGGGGUGUCCGAGCCUGGCACCUGGGUCCCAGCCCCUGCCACCACUGGCAACGUGGGAGGCUCAGCUUACAGUGAAGGGAAGGACCGGCAGUAUGGCCUGGUAUCCAUCGACACGGUGACUGUGGUGGACACAGAGGGGCCAUGCAGCUGGCCCUGCAGCUGUGGAGAUGAUGGCUACCCUGCCCUGAACCUGGACCCUGGGCUGGACCCUAGCCCAGGCCUUGAAGACCCACUCUUGGGCCUCGGGCCCACAGUCCUCUCAUGUGGCUGUGUCUCAGCUGGUGACCCUGGGCUGGAAGGUCCCCUGGGCAGCCUCCUCGACAGGCUAAGACUGCACCUUGCAGAUGAGGAGGGCUGGGCUGUGGGGCCGCCCUGGGGUGGUAGGCCACCUGCAGGGGCUUCUGAGAGCGAGGCGGGCUCGCCUCCAGCCGGCCUGGACAUGGACACGUUUGACAGUGGCUUUGCAGGCUCUGACUGUGGCAGCCCAGUGGAGUGUGACUUUGCCAGCCCCAGGGACGAAGGGCCCCCUAGGAGUUACCUCCGCCAGUGGGUGGUCAUGGCCCCCCCACCAGCAGGAGCUGGGCCCCAGGCCAGCUAGUGAGGCCCAUGGGCCAAGAACUGGCUGUGCUACUGGGCCACAAAGCAGAUGUGGCCGCUAGGCUGUGAUGUGACGAGGCCUGCACCUUCGGGCUCCCUGACGGGGCCUUUGAGCCUGAUGUUUACAGUGUGUAUGUGCGUGUGUGUGUGCGUGUCCGGGGGCCCAGGUGCACACUGGCAUGUUGACGUGCAUGAGCAUUGCCAGUGCCUGCCGACACAGAAGCGUGCCCACGGUUACGCCAUGUGUGCCUGUGCCCGUGAGAGCUCACACGUGUGCAUGAGUGUGAACAGCAAUGUGCUUUUUGCACACAGAUGACAGCCUCCCUCCCUCCCAGCAUGUGGAGGCCACCAGGUCACGUGCUGAGAGGCUGGUCCAGGGACCCACAGGGCCUCCUGGAAUAAAGGCAUUGCCUAGGACAGACACCAAGCCCGGCCCUGCGGGUCCUUCCUCCAGGAGCACAGGACAUCCACGCGUUCUUCCCUCGCAGCAGGAAGGGGAAGGGGAUCAGUGAGACUGCAGGUCCCUAGGGGAGGACACAGGACUCAGUUUCUGAUGUUUCCUGGCUGUGCUACCUGGGAGAAGACACCCCUUUUGGCUCAAGUAUCCUGUCUGGACCCCGCAGAUGGCAUGACCUACCUGGGGGAAACCGGUGAGGUCACCCACAUAAGUAUGCAGCCCAUAGUGAGUCCCCAUGCACCUCAGCUUCCUUCCUCCUGGGCCAGGACCAAGGCUCACGGGGGAGGGGGCGGGGGUGAGAAACCCGCCAACAGCGACAGCCUGGCGCCUACAGGGCGGUCGCCCCUGCCCAGGGCAGUUCGGGGGUUUCCAGGCUUAAGAUCAGCCAGCCUUGUCCCUUAGAAACAGCCCCACAACCAACCACGGUCUUUUUUCUGACUUCUGCUGCCAUUCUUUAUUUUUUUUUUUAGUUCCCUUUAAUAAGCACCCAGGAAAUAUUUAUGGAGCACCAAGUACAUGUCUCAUGGCUGGGGCCGGGGUACACAGAGCAGAGUGCAUUGCCCACGUGACCAUCCCUCGUGCUGCUCUGGCAGGGCAGGAGCCCCUCAUUCCACCCUGGUGUCAUCUAUUUAUCCUGGAGGCUUAAGGGAAGUCAAACUGCUUGUCGAGUUUUUCAGACAGCCCGUUGAAAUGUGAAUUAAGAAGCUAAGAAAAUGCUUAACUUUUCGAAGGCACCUCACUAAACGUGUUUAGUACAGGUGCUAGGUAUUGCAUACAGUCAUGGUUUUCUUUCUUCCUUUCUUCUUUCUUUUUCUGAGAAAAUAAGUUGUUCUUCCCGUAAGGAUGCCCACCUUAGAAAUGGCUUGGCUUUUGUGAGACCAAGCAGAGUGAAGGCAAUGGAGUUUCGGAUGUAGCUCAGGAACCCUGAGAGGAACCCUCCACCCGGCCUUGGCCCUCCAUCUUCCUCAGGGGAAGGGAGGGCCAUGCUGGCUUGUUUCUUCCUGGCUGGGAGUCAGAAGCCAGUCCUCCUGAAAGCCUCCCCAUAACUUGCUUGUAAAAGAGGGAUGUUGGCAGAGGCGGCCAAGAGAAUGCAUGAGAGUCCUUGGUGCUUGGCACAAGGCUGGACAGUUCUAGAAUGAGGUUGGAAAGUUCUAGGCUGGUUUUACCAGUGGACUGUUAGCCAGGGAUCAGGGUGUGUGGGUCAGGUGGCCACAUGUGAGAGAAACCACAGCUCCUGCACGGGUGAGCAGUCCUCACCACCUCCUAACACACCCAGGAGACACAUGGGCCAAGGUGCCUGUGGUUUUCAUACCCUCUUGAGGGUAACAGGGUUCAGGUGUCACCUGACCCCAGGCUCUUGGCAGAACCAGCUCAACUCUCCAGCACCCAGAACUCAGGAGCUUGGGUGUGGGAGGGGAUUCCCAGGCCUGCGAGGUGAGGCCUGGAUGUUCUGGCCUGGGCAGACGUGGCUCCUCACUGACUCCAUCUUUGGAGUCACUCAGCUCAUGAACAUAGGUGCAGAACACUGGUGCCACGUGCUGCCCCACCCCAUGGAUGCAUUCAUGUGUUGUGGGUGGACGGCGGAGGGAUGGGUGGGUGCGUGGGUAGGUGGUAGGAGGCUUGGAGGAUGAAUGACUGCAUGGACAGAAAUAAACAGGUAACAGAUCAAUCUAAGCUCUGUGAGGACACAACUUUGUCUAUGUGGUCCACUGCUUCAUCCCCAACCUGGCACACGGCUGACAUAGUAAAGCCUGACUUACAGCGUUUGCCUGUUUCUGUGGUCUAAAUACUUCCACCAUGGCCAAUUUCAAGCUGCCAACUCGACUCUCCACAAAGUGGGGAAGAAAUGCAUAGUCGCUCCCCGGUUGGCAUGAGACGGGAGCCCGGAGGGAGCAUCGCAAGGGCGGGGGGGCUUCUGCGAGAAGUUGGUGUUUUUUGGGCUUUGAAAGAUGAAGAGUUGUUAGCUGCACUAGCUACUGCAGCAAAGGGUGGAGGAGCGACCAAAGACCUGGGAGCAGUUGGGGAAGAUGUCUCCUUGUCACCGAAGGUCCAGGCCAGAAUUGCCAAUGACCCUCUUUUAAGGUGGAGGAGCAUGCACAGAAUACACGAGGUCUUCAAAGUUCAUUGAAAAUGUGAAUGCGUUUCAUUAAAAACAAACAAAAAGUUA